AUGGGACUUUCAACGGUUAUCAAGGAUAUGUUCACCGACGAUACUUCUAAGAACGCCACCAUGGCAAACACGGGCAGCAACGUUCGUCACAAUGACUCCACGAAUGCAGCCCGCGAUUUCCGCCACGGCGUGCAACCUGACGGCGCUGCUCAGCAGACCACUGGCAGCCACUUGAAGGCGGGCACUGGCCCCGGUACCACCGGAAAGCCAGCCGCCGCGGGUGUGCCGGAGAGCGCACGCGUCAACUUCGAUCAGAGUCGCAAGCUCAACGACACCACCGGCAUGGGCACAAACAGCACCAACACCAAGUCAGCAACGACUGCUGGUACGGGUGCAGUUGGUCACCAGCACCACACUGGACAUGUUGGCUCAGGUUUUGGUAGUGGCAAUGGCCUUAGCGACGCCGGCUUUGCUCGCGAUGCCGAUCGUCGUGAUGCAAGGAACGAAAGCGAAUUUUCUCGUAACACGGAAACCGUGCCAGCACAUCACGCAUUUGGCCACGAAGGUACAGACUCUCAUCUAACAAAGCCCACGGGACAGGUUCAGGAGGAUUCAAAGCAUUUGGCCUCGGUGGUUCAUGAAAAUGCGCGUCACAUCGAAACGGAAGAAGUUUCACGCGUCAAAGACCACGAACGCCAUGUCCACCAUGUCCAGCACCACGUGCAGCCGGUGAAGGACUUGCAGGAACGUGAAGAAGUCCAUCACGAAAAUAUCGUACCAACAGCUCACGUUCAUGAAAACCACGUUAGUACCGACAAAGACGUUCACGCAAUGACUGGUUUACUCGGCCAGCACAAGGAUACAAUUACCCAUGCGCCGAAAGAGCGUCAUGUCAUUGACAAUGGCGAAACUGUAAGAGAGAAUGUCCAGCACCAUGUCCACCACGUUGUACAACCCGUUAUUGAGAAAGAAACCAUCGACCGUCACCGCAUCCACACGGUCAUUCCUACUCACCACGUCACCCAUGAGGCUCCAAUUGUUCAUCAGUCUCAUCACCACGAGCCUAUGAGCAUGCAGCAAUUCACGAAGCUUGGUCAUGCAAACGAGGGUUUGUCGCAUUCCGAUGUCACGAAGCAGUUGUUGAACCAAGGCGAAUGUACACGCGAAGUAGAUGCCCUGGGCAAGAACAUGUCGAACAAUCUUCGUAUGGAAGAUGGACGUGGUUCCACCGGACUGUCAGGCAACUCUCGCGACAAUAACAUAAUUGGCGAUCGCUCCGAUUCGACUUUGCAUAACCAGAAGCACGCCAUCGGUCAGCAUAGCGGCUCGCAGGCGCCUGUAUCUGGAGGAAGCAUAGGAAUGGGAGGCGGUCAGACUGUUGGUGCCAACCGAGUUAGGGGCAACACCGAUGGUCAUCUUACCAACUCUCGCAGCGGUGAUAUGUUGUAG